GAAGCACAUGCCUUACAAGAAGUUCAGCAUAAGCAUCCCAAGUGGCCAUACUUCCAUUUUAUGGUGUGAAUCAGCACCACACAGCGGUUAUUUUUUGGCCAAACCACUGAGAUAUUUUGCUAACACAGGGGAAGAGUGUAUUCUUCUCACCCAUCACUGGUCAUUUUUUUUUUGAUCAACCCAGCGCCACCUGAGAGCCAUGAGUUUUCCAGAACUUCUGGACCGCAUUGGCGGCAUGGGACGCUUCCAAGUCAUGCAUGUGGCAUUCCUGGCCAUCCCGCUCUUAAUGCUGGCCAGCCAUAACCUCCUGCAGAACUUCACUGCUGGGAUCCCAGAGCAUCACUGUCAAGUGCGUGUCAUGACCAACUACACCCAUCGUGCCAAUCUCACAGCUAGCCUACAUGCUGAAGAUCUGCUCCGGGUCUCCAUUCCCAUGGACAAGAGCCAGAAGCUGGAGAAGUGCAGGCGGUUUGUCACCCCACAGUGGCAGCUCCUAAACCCAAAUGCCACAAGCACCAACACAAUAGAGAUGAAUACCGAGCCGUGUGUAGAUGGGUGGACCUAUGAUAAGAGCCUGUUCACCUACACCAUUAUAACUGAGUGGGAUUUGGUGUGUGAGUCCAGGACACUCCAGCAAAUGGCUCAGUCGCUCUACAUGACUGGCGUACUGGUGGGGUCAGCUGUGUUUGGAGGCCUCGCAGACAGGUUUGGCCGGAGAGCCCUCCUGAUCUGGUGCUACCUGCAAAUGGGGGUCACAGGCAUCUGUGCUGCUUUCUCCCCCAACUUAACCACCUACUGCGUCUUCCGCUUCCUCACCGGCAUGGCCAUUUCUGGGAUCUCGGUCAAUUCUGUCUCGCUGUGCAUAGAGUGGAUCCCUACCAAUGUUCGGGCCAUUGUGGGUACCAUCAAUGGAUACUCCUACACUACUGGACAAUUCAUUCUGGCUGGGGUGGCCUAUGCUAUCCCAGAUUGGCGCUGGCUACAGCUCACCGUCUCCCUGCCUUUCUUUGUCUUCUUUCUUUACUCCUGGUUGUUUGUAGAGUCUGCCCGUUGGCUGGUGAUAUCAGGAAAACCAGAACAGGCAGUGAAAGGGCUGAGAAAGGUUUCCAGGAUCAAUGGGAAAAUGGAAGAAGGAGACAAACUCAGUACUGAGGUCUUGAAAUCCAACAUGCAGAAGGAACUGUACUCAGCCAAAUCUAGCCACACCGUCAUGGACCUGGUACGCACACCCACCAUGCGCAAAAUCUCCUGCGGAGUCUCCUGCAUAUGGUUCUCCACCAGCUUUUCCUAUUACGGCUUGGCCAUGGACCUGCAGAACUUCAAUGUCAAUAUCUACUUGACCCAGCUGAUCUUUGGAGCAGUUGAUUUUCCAGCCAAGUUCAUCUCAGUCCUCACCAUCAUUUUCAUUGGACGCCGUUUCUCCCAGGCUUUUUCCUUGGUCCUUGCUGGACUGUGCAUCCUAGCUAAUAUUUUUGUGUCACAAGAAUUACAGACCUUGCGCAUGGUCUUCGCUGUGAUCGGAAAAGGAUCCCUGGCUGCAUCAUUUAACUGUGCCUAUAUAUUUUCUGGAGAGCUGUUCCCAACAGUGAUCAGGCAAACUGGGCUGGGACUAGGCAGCACCAUGGCUCGUGUUGGCAGCAUCAUGGCUCCACUUGUUCUGCUGACUGGUGAAUUCUUCCCAUCCCUGCCCCUGAUUAUCUAUGGAUCUGCCCCUAUUGUCUCCGGCAUUGCAACCGGCCUACUGCCAGAGACACACAACGUGCCAUUGCCCGAGACCAUAGACGAAGUGGAAAGACAAUCAAAACAUACAAUCAAGGAUGAACUACAAAUGAAUGUCCUCCUACAUUCCACAUAGCCAGAUCCAGCCAAACAAGUGAGCUAAGGAGAGAAAAAUGAAGAAUGUUUUUUAGCUUUAUUAUUCUAUUCCUGCUGGAAGCAUUUAUACAGUGUGACUGGCUAUAAAGCAAAAGGGGAACAUGUUCCAACUGCUCUGCACAGCAUCUCCCUCUAUUUCAACACCCCACAUAGCUCACUGCAAGAAUCCAACACACGCUGCCCAUGCUGCAAAUAUGGGUCAUGGUCUAUCAUUGCCUGUGUAAUCAAACUGUCCAUUGAAUUGAGUGUAUAUGGGAAGGGUCUAGUGAUGUGGUCUAAUGUUCAUAGAUAGAGUAGUCUGAGUACAGUACGUACAUUAAGAGGUUUUAUUACACAGCACUGCUUUGAAAAGGCUCCAUUAAAGGCCAGGCCCCAGCUGGAGUCAAUGGAGCUCUGCUGAUUUACACCAGUUGAAGAUCUAACCCAUUAUUUCAUAAAAUAGGGUAGUGAUGAAGACUUAUAACCUGCAGCACAGACAGGUAAAGGAACCUGCUGAACCUCACAUAGCAAAGCUUGUGGCAUAGUUAGGAAGAGAACCCAGGAGUCCUAGUGCUACACUGUACCCCAGCUCCAACCACUAGACCCUAUUCCCCUCCCAGAGCCAGCAGAAUCCAAGUCCUCCCUCCUUUUGCCAUUGGACCCCAUUCUUCUUCUAGAGGACAACUCA